CUUCCGCUUCACCGCAAUUUACUUCCUACCUGCAAUUUCCUGCAACGGUAUGCAUGCGUAUGUUCUUGCUACUUGAAUAGCGGCAUACACGCGCAGCGCGGGAUGGCGGGAAAACAAGACGGCGAUGAAAAUACGUUCGGUCAGCCGAUUAACCAGGUAGGUCAAUCGUGAACGAACGCGUCAGUUUGAGGAUGAUUUUGCGAAGAGAGCGAGGAGGGAGGAAGUGCGCGCCGGGCCUGGCCAUGGACCAUGCGGAGGCAUAGACCCACGCCGGAAGGCUCGUUUCCGUUAGAUCGUCUCUAGGAAGCAAGGAGCGCGCACGUGGCGGAAAAGGGCGCAUCCGUCAUCGCCGCGAUGGGCCCGCCCUCUGCAUCCAGGGCCCUCAAGGUCAUCCUCCUGGGCCAGCCCGGUGUCGGUAAGACAGCUCUGGCGGUGAGGUUUGCCACGAAGAGGUUCAUCGGAGAGUAUGACUGCGAAGCUGAGAGGGUCUACAAGGUGGAGGAUUCCGGAGGCUCCUGGGAGAUCGUGGAUCCUCCAGGAUGUCCUCCUGGUCCUGUGGAACCAAAGCUGCGCUGGGCGGAUGCAAUCAUUUUGGUAUAUUCGGUGACCGACCGAGUCAGCUUCGAGGAGACGUCCAGACUGAGAUUCCUAGUGUCGCAUGCCAAGAGAGGCAGGAAGAUACCACAAGUGGUCCUGCUCGUGGGGAACAAGGCGGACCUCUCUGGUUCACCCGGAGAGCGUAUGGUGGCUAGCUGGGAAGGGCGCAGAAGGGCCGAGGAUAUCGAAGCUCACGGAUUUUAUGAGAUCUCAGUCCGAGAAUCCAUCGACCAGGUGCGGGACAUUUUUAAGGACAUCUCCAGGCUGUGGAUCGAGUCCCAGAAUAGUCUGGGGAACCAGAGUAGUCCUUUCCGAGGCCGAGCUUCCACCGAUGGCAGGAUCGAGACUCAACGCCUCUCUUCCCCGCAUUGCUACGGGAUUGCCGGAAGGAGAUUCAGCAUUUCCGCCAGAGGAGCUCCGUAAUUUACCCCGAUUCUCCUGGCAUUCUUGC